GCCUCCUGUCUGACGUCCUCCCGGUCGCUGCCUCCCUCCCCGCCCCUCUGGCUCGCGGAUCAGCGGCAGCGGGAGAGCAGCCUGGCAGCGGGAGGCGGCGGGAAGAGCCCCGCGGAACCAGCACCACCAUGGUGCUCUCGGUGCCUGUGAUCGCGCUGGGCGCCACGCUGGGCACGGCCACCAGCAUUCUUGCGCUGUGCGGGGUCACCUGCUUGUGCCGGCACAUGCACCCCAAGAAGGGACUGCUGCCGCGGGACUGCGAGCCCGACCCAGAGAAGGCGAAACCGGGGGUGCUGCAGCCUGCCCAACAGUUCAAUGUGAAGAAAUCCACGGAGCCCGUGCAGCCCCGCGCUCUCGUCAAAUUCCCGGACAUCUACGGCCCCAGGCCGGCUGUGACAGCUCCGGAGGUCAUCAACUACGCGGACUACACACUGGGCACCACGGAGGAGCCUGCUGCGCCCGCCAGCCCUCAGCCCCCGAACGACAGUCGCCUCAAGAGGCAGGUCACAGAGGAGCUGUUCAUCCUUCCCCAGAACGGUGUGGUGGAGGAUGUCUGUGUCAUGGAGACCUGGAACCCAGAGAAGGCCGCCAGCUGGAACCAGGCCCCCAAACUGCACUACUGCCUGGACUAUGACCGGCAGAAGGCUGAACUCUUUGUGACUCGUCUGGAAGCUCUGACCAGUGACCAGGAUGGUGGCUGUGACUGCUAUGUGCAGGGAAGUGUGGCGAUCAGGACAGGAUCUGUGGAGGCGCAGACGGCUCUGAAGAGGCGGCAGCUACACACAUCCUGGGAGGAGGGCCUGGUGCUGCCCCUGGCGGAGGAGGAGCUGCCCACGGCCACUCUGACGCUCACCCUCAGGACCUGUGAUCGCUUCUCCCGCCACAGCGUGGCUGGGGAGCUCCACCUGGGCCUGGAUGGGGUGACUGUGCCCCUGGGAGCUGCCCAGUGGGGCGAGCUGAAGACUGCGGUGAAGGAGCCAUCGGCAGGGACGGGAGAGGUCCUCCUAUCCAUCAGCUACCUGCCAGCUGCCAACCGCCUCCUGGUGGUGCUGAUUAAAGCCAAGAACCUCCACUCCAACCAGUCCAAGGAGCUCCUGGGCAAAGAUGUCUCCGUCAAGGUGACCUUGAAGCACCAGGCUCAAAAACUGAAGAAGAAGCAGACGAAACGGGCCAAGCACAAGAUUAAUCCUGUGUGGAACGAGAUGAUCAUGUUUGAGCUGCCCGACGACCUGCUUCGGGCCUCCAGCGUGGAGCUGGAGGUGCUGGGCCAGGAUGAGGCGGGGCAGAGCUGCACCCUGGGCCACUGCAGCCUGGGGCUGCACGCUUCCGGCUCCGAGCGCAGCCACUGGGAGGAGAUGCUCAAAAACCCGCGCCGGCAGAUUGCCAUGUGGCACCAGCUGUGCCAGUAGCCAGCCACCGAGACCGCUCCUUUCUGGGGCACAGCCCUCUCCUCCAGCCCCAGCUGCCCCGUGCAACCUCCUCUGCCCCAUCCUCAUUCUGACAGACUGGGACUCCAUGCCUCUUUGCUCAUCCCACUCUUGUUUCUAAAAAACAAAGUAAGUGUGGAAAUGGGCCAUCACAUUGGGUCCCACUGAGGAGUGCAGCUUGCUCCUCUGUGCUGUGGAAAAGAGGCAUCUAUCAAACACACCUGUGCAAGAUUUGCAGGCAGAGGGUGCGGUGGGGGUAAAAUGCAGAGAGAAUUUAAUUCAGGGACUUGUGGGUGCAAAGAAGAUGGUUUCCUAAAAAUCAGCAUUUUGACGAGGAGGAGAAGGAAAUGAAAUGAUCCUGGAUCAACGCAAAGCAUUAGAGCUGGUCUGCAUGAGAUGAAACCGAACCCCCACCCAAGCAGCCCUGGACCCUGAGUGCUGAGACUCAGCCGCCAGCUCCUGGGCCCUGAGGAAUCCCAGAGCAGAGAUCCUGGCCAGACUGCUCCUCUGUCCUUGUGAGCGCUGAGAUUCCAAGGCAGAGGUGGGACCCGGAGAGGUCCUGUCCGCAACACUCCACGUGGGCUUCCAGCCUCCGUCCACGAGGGGCCCCGACACCUGGAGGCAGCUGCCCCAGCCCUGGGCACCUCAGUCCUCCGUGCAAACUCGGAGCCUCUGUUUUUCAUUCAAUUCAUAAUGGUGAACUGUGUGCUUUUCCAGCUCCUCUUCUUGGAUUACAUUUUGUGCUUCUUAUGGAAGGAUUUUAUUGUUUUAUCUUGAAGUCAGCUUGCCCUUGAGGAACCUUCUCCCACAAAGUGUAGGCGGGAUCCCCGCUCCGUGGGUCGCUGGGCUGGAUUCGGAGCAUCCUUGUCACUCACAUCUACCAGCAUUACCAAACUGAGCCUGUGUGACAGAUCGAUCCCUUCUCUGCACUCCAGCCGCUCCUGGAGAAAGCUGGUUAUAAACGUGGCCUACGCCAUCUGACUGCACGAACGUGGAGAGGAAAGACAGCUUCACCAGGCAGUGAGGUCUUUUGCAGACCUCCUCCCUCCCCGGGUUCUGGAGUUCUUAUCAUUUUAACCAGUAAAUAUUUUCAACCUCCUUAUCCCCACAUGGAUGUCCCCGUUGUGACUAAAUCUAACCGAGGGGACCGCACUACUCACCUGUGAUUCUGCUCUCGUUACCCUACAUAACCCCGUAGCUUGGCCAUCUGUAAAGAGGGACCCACCUCCUGGGAUCCUGGCUGUGUGCGUGACAUGGCAGGUGCACAAGCGUUCAAAAGCUGAGGCAUUCCUCAGCUAAAAGCAGACUCUGAGACCACUAGCAGGUCACCUUCAAAUGGGGUCCCUGUCCUGCACUUCAAAUUGGCAGCUGAGAAUGCCCAGAAAGUUGUAGAGCUGUUCAAAUAAUUCCAGAACCACGGAUUCUGUAUUUGAACUUCUUUCCAUCUAAUCAUAUCCAAACUCUGGACCCUCCAAUAUCAGCCCCAUUCCCCGGUGGGAGGGAGGGUUCCAGGAUGAGUGAAGAGCAUCGUUCUUAAGUCCAGCUGUUCUUGGCCUCUCCUGAGCAAGGACUUUCUAAUCUUUUGUCAUUAUUUGUUCCUUCUAUGCAGAAAUGGGAAACUCCUAGAAACAACUUCUACCCACUCCGUACAAUUGAAAAAAAAUCAUACAACCCCUCUUUCAUGCGCAAGGCUUUCAGAUAAUGGCACACCUUGAUCUUUCAGGUUGAGCAGCCCUUGGACUAAGUGGUUUUUGCAAAGGUGCAGUGUUGUCUUUGGUUUCUUGAAAUGUUUCUGAGUUCAUCUUCUGGCCUGGUCUCUUUUUGGUUGGCUUGACAAAAAGAGAACCAGGUAUUUCCUAGGUGACCUGAAAUCUGGCCAGCACCUGCUACCCUAGAAAUGUUUGGUUUCUAAACUUAAACAUCGGGAAACAUGAGUCUGCUUCCUUAUCCAUCAGAGCACUGCCUUACAGCCCCAGCAGAGGACACCUGAGCAGUGCUGGACAGGGCCCCUGGUCCAGAAUACCAACGCCACCCCAAGUCAUCCCGUUCACUUCUUUGGAUCUCAAAGGUUUAGUUUUCUACAAUCUCAACUAAAGGUUGCCCCUGAUAGGACAUCUUAUGUGUCACCGUCACCCCACUUAGCAGGGAAGUACAGAACUGACAGAGGCCUUACAGGGGCCUCAUUUGGAUCUUCAUUGGUGGCUUCCAAGCGCUAAGGAUAAAGCUGUCUCAUGGGGGCUCCAUCCAGGCUUGCUGAAUGAGUGAAUGCAGGAUGGAUGGGCUGUCACCAGAAAAGGACAGUGCAUGGCAGAACAGGGAGGGCCCUGGAUGAGUUGGCAGGGAGAAAGGUGUCAGCCAUUCCAACAGUUGGCCUGGAAAUUCGUGACACUGAGGAUCAGCCUUCACCUAAUGACAGCCUAAGUUCUCUGUGUAAGUGGAUUUAACAAAAGAAGAGACUGUAACUGUUAUGCUUUCCCACCAAAACGCUAUGCUGGUGAAUUUUAAAUUACUGAAGAAGGUUGUGUAUGGUGACCCAUGCCUGUAAUUCCAGCACUCUGGAGGCUGAGGCAGAAGGAUCGCUGUGAGUUCCAUGCAGCCUGGGCUACGAAAUGAGCUCCAGGCCAGCCUGAACUGCACAGUGAGACCCUGUCUCAAAAAGACAAAACAAACAAACAGAAUUACCCAGAGAUGUCAGACUGCCAUGUCAAAAAAUUUCAGUAACCUUUGCCUCAGUUUACCUCGUACCAGACACACUUGCAAUUUACCUUUGAAUUCGAGUGAUUCAGUCUGUGUGGACAGUUGACCACUUUUGAAAGGGGUACCUUGUUCUCAGAGGAGCAUUUUCUAAGAAAGGCAUGAAGCAGAGAUGGAAACAAAACAGGAGAGUAUUUCAGGCUGGCUGUCACCCUAAGGGGGAUCUGCUUCUGUCCUAGAGACGGCCAAGGGCUUGGAGGGUGACGAGUCCAUCUCCAUCCAUCGGGGACUUCACUAACCCAACACACACUUGUUGAGUCCUGCUCCUCAAGACCUUGCAUGUGUCUGUCUCUUCCGAUUGAAGAUGUGACUCUUGGUGGGGGUCAGGUGACAAGCCACCCUAGCUGAAGCCAGGCAGAGUGGGCAGAGGGGGGCAGGAGUGCUGCUCUUGGGGGCCACUUCCUUCUGGGUGGAAGGGAGCCACAUGGAAGUGGGGAUGUGACAGAGACCUGGUCCUUGUGAUGUGUUGCCGCCUUUGUUAUUUCCUGUGGUCAGUUGCUCUGUGUGUGUGUGUGUGUGUGUGUGUGUGUGUGUGUGUGCCCAUCAUGAACCGAAGCACAAAAAGAUGCAUGAGAUAUUGUAGUCAUGUAUCCUGUGUCACACUCUGGAACCAAACCAUUGCAGUGGUAAAUAAAUAACUUCCAACAGGGUCA